UUUAUCGCGUCUAUUGCAAGGAUACAAUAAUAUAUGGGAAUAUUUACGUAGGGUUACAUUAGUUUUCUUUUUUGACAAUAGCAGAAAAAGUGCGGGAAGGGUGACAAAAGAUGGGGAAGUGCAGAAUAAUAGGCCUACUUACGUGCUGUGGGCGGUGCCGGUUUACCAGACGGGCUGUACCUUGCUCUUCAAAGUAGCCAACCCUCGCCUGAUUGAUUUUGAAGGGAGAUGACUUGGGAUUCUAUUCGUGGCCAGCUUGAGUGACAUACAAUGACACGCCCAUGGAGAGUUGUAUAUAUUGGCAGUACAUCGUCUGUCCUUCACCACAGUUUGAGUUUCAAACUAGAAAUCAUCAUGCCUGAGCCAGCAAAGUCCGCCCCGAAGAAGGGGUCUAAGAAAGCCGUGAUCAAGACUGCCGGCAAAGGAGGUAAGAAGCGCAGAAAGUCCAGGAAGGAAAGCUAUGCCAUCUACGUGUACAAGGUCCUGAAGCAGGUCCAUCCCGAUACCGGUAUUUCCUCCAAAGCCAUGGGCAUCAUGAAUUCCUUCGUGAACGACAUCUUCGAGCGCAUCGCUGGUGAGUCUUGCCGUCUUGCUCACUACAACAAGCGUUCCACCAUUACUUCGAGGGAGAUCCAGACUGCAGUGCGUCUGCUUCUGCCUGGCGAGCUCGCCAAGCACGCCGUGUCUGAGGGAACCAAGGCCGUCACCAAGUACACCAGCUCCAAGUAAAUCUAGUGAAACCCCCACUUUACUC